AGCAACCUCCCUUCUAGGGAUGUCAUCUCGCGACUAGACUUUGUAGUGGUGAAAUUCGUAACCGUCUUGAUUUAGGAUAUUUCCGUUUUAUUUUUUUAUUAUUUUUUUUACAAGGAAUUGCUUUAUCUUAUUAUUCGUUUAGAUUAUUAUAAAAAAUCGCCAGGAUGGGCUGCGCCGGUUUCACCUGCUCCAAGCACUCCCUCUGUGCGCUCAAUAUCCUCUAUGUUAUGGUGAGUCUGCUGAUGAUCGGCAUCGCUGCAUGGGGGAAGUGGUUCGGCCUGGUGUCCAGCUUCCAGGUGGUGGGCGGAGUCAUCGGAGUGGGGGUGUUCCUGUUCUUCGUGGCAUUGGUCGGCCUCAUCGGGGCCAUGAAGCACCACCAGGUCCUACUCUUCUUCUAUAUGAUCAUCCUCUUCAUGGUGUUCAUCGUCCAGUUCUCUGUCUCCAGCGCCUGUCUGGCCAUCAACAAGGAUCAGCAGGAACACCUGUUGGAGGUGGGAUGGAACAACUCUCACACCACCCAGAGAGAUGUGGAGAAGAGUCUCAACUGCUGUGGCUUCUACCACGUAGACAACAACGGAACCUGCGACGCUGCCUGUUUCCCCAACCACUCCUGUUCACCGUGUGCUGAGCAAAUCCAGGAGCAUGCAGGAGAGGUGCUGCGUUUCGUGGGCAGGAUAGGCCUUUUCUUCAGCUUCACUGAGUUCCUGGGGGUGUGGCUAACGUACCGGUACAGGAACCAGAAGGACCCUCGAGCCAAUCCCAGUGCCUUCCUGUAACCGUUGGCAACUGCUGGCUUUGUGCCCCACUCUUGGAGUGGCCAACUUUCCUCCUGGAGAGCUACUGGGUGUGCAGGCUUUUGCUCCAGCCCUACUCUAACUGUAACACUAACACAGCUGAUUCUAAACAAAUGAGCUGCUCAUCGGGACCUUGUUCAGCUGAAUCAGUUGUGUUAGUUAAAGCAGGGCCAGAGUAAAAGCCUGCACACCAAGUAGCUCUCCAGGUGGAGGAGGGUUAGCUGCCUGUUUUAGUGGCUGUGUUUGUAAAUAAGCGAGUGACUUGUGUGUGUUUUCACCAGCUGAGCGAAGCGGCAGCCCUUUGUGUGGUGUUACAUGAAGUGAUUGUUUUUCCAGAGUGAGGUGUGUGUCUGUAAAAGAACUGGGUCAUGUUCAUUAGGCACCAAACGGAAGAAAACUGACCUUCACUUGUCGAAUAAGAAACGCUCCUUUACACUUUCCACUGCAAAAUGUUUUCCGUUGUGUGCCCUAAUGAACAUGACCCUGCUGUACAUUAAAGAUGCUGCAUGAGCCUAUUACCCUAAUAGGAUACCUUAGACCACUCCUGAUCAGAACCAUGUCCUGUAUACACUGAGUGUACAAAACAUUAAGAACACCUUCCUAAUAUUAAUAUAAUAUGCCAUUUAGCAGACGCU